AUGGCUUCAAAAACCACCGAAUCAACGGACAGCCAUCCGUUUGAAAUAUCAAUCAUCGGCAGCGGCAUAAUCGGUUUGAAUCUCGCCCUCGGUCUCCUACAACGCAACAUCCCCAUCACAAUCUACGAACAAGCACAAGAACUCAAAGAAAUCGGCACCGGAAUCGGGUUCUCCGCAAACCUCGAAGAAUGCAUUACAGAACUUGACCCACGUAUCUCCGCCGUUUUACACAAAAUCGGCCUUAGGCAACAUCAGUCCUUGCAAUGGGUUGUUGCUUCCAAUACGGAAGAAGAUUUUAGUCUGCGAGGAAAAGACGAGAUGUUUGAUAUGGGGUUGUCGUUAACGAAGGGGUUUUGGCUGUGCCAUAGAGCGGAGCUGGUCAAUGAGUUGGUUAAGCUUUUGCCGGUCGGGUGUUUGAGGCUUGGGAAGAGGUUGGAGGGGGUUGAGCAGAAGUCAGAUACUGGGAAGGUGGUUAUGAGCUUUAUGGAUGGUACGAAGAUAGAGACUGAUGCUGUGAUCGGUUGCGAUGGCAUUAAAUCACGCGUUCGAUACCUCCUAGCUGGUGACAACAAUCCAGCUGGCAUCCCUCACUACGCCAACGAAAGCGCAUAUCGCUGCCUCGUCGAAAUGCAUAAAGUAUCCCCGAUCCUAGGCAACUACGCCUCCGUCAUGACCCUCUGGAUAGGCCACGGUGCCAAUCUCGUCACAUACCCUAUCUCCAACAAUAGAUUCUUCAAUGUAGCUGCCUUUGUUCGCGAUAAUACCGGCUACUGGCCCGAUUACAGUAAACAGACAGUUCAGGCAAGCAAAGCAGAAAUCAUUGAUUCGUUUUCCAGUUUCAAUCCCAUGCUUCGUCGCUUGAUUGAGGCUUUACCUGAUGAGCAGAAUCGGUGGGGGAUGUUUGAUACGCUGGAUCAUCCCCUAGAUAGUUAUGUGGAGGGAUGUGUUGCGGUUGCUGGUGAUGCGGCGCAUGCAUCGACGCCUCAUCAUGGUAUGGGUGCUGGGAUGGGUAUUGAGGAUGCCAUAGUUUUAGUGACCGUCUUGGAGAAAGCCAAGCAAGAGUUAUCAAGCUAUACCGCUGGGACGCCAACAAGCAGAAAGAUUGUUCUGUCUCGAGCAUUUGAGACAUUUGAUUCAACCCGGCGAGAGAGAUCUCAAUGGCUUGUUGCUAGUAGCCGCCGACAGGGGCUGUUGAACCAAUGGGAGGUACCAGAAGUCCGUAACACGGACGAUUUUCUCAGAGAUACAGCGGAGAGAGUCUCCAAUCUUUAUAACUAUGAUUGGAGGCUGAUGGUGCAACGAAGUAUUGAGGAUUAUGAACAGAGGUUGGCACAGGGUGACGAGAAAAUCCAAGCAGCUCUGUGA